UUCUCAUAAAGGGUACUAGUAAGUACAGAGAGGAAAUGGCUAGCUCUAGACUGAUUGGUGCUGCGUUCUUGGCUUUUCUCUUUGUGGACCUUGCCUUUGCUGCCAGGUCAUCAAAGGCGAUAGCCGGUGAAGGUGGUGGCAGUAGAGGUGGAGGUGGUAGUGAUUUAGGAGUUGGGUCGGGUUCAAGUUCCGGGUCUAGGAGUAGUUUUGGAUAUGGUAUUGCAAAAGGAGAAGGUGGUGGUGGUGGUAGGGGAGAAGGAGGUGGAGGUGGAAUCGUGGGAUCUGGAUACGGGUCUGCAAGCAGGUCUGGUGAUGGUUCAGGAUAUGAAUCUGGUGGUGGUGGAGGUGGCGGAGGAGGCGAGGAAGAUGGAGGCUCAGGAUAUGGGACUGGAUAUGGCAGUGGGGGUGGUGGGGGUGGUAGGGGUGGAGGUGGAGGUGGCGAAGGAGGCAGGGGAGGUGGAAGCUCAGAAAGUGGGCUUGGCAGUAAGUGUGGUACGAGUGGAGGUGGCAAAGGAGUCGAAGAUGGUGGGCCUUGCAUUGGGGGUGGAAGGGGUGAAGGUGGUGGACGAGACAAAGGAGGCGGGGGGUGGUGGAGGCUCAAGAAAUGGAGGUAG